UCUCUGAGCUACCCGGCAGCUUUUGUUCAGUCUUGUUUGACGUAACGGCCUUAGUAACAUAAAGUCUUUGAGGACAGGUUUAAUAAUGGAAAGACUAACCUUAUUGAUUACUUUUUAUUCCUCAUGGGUUUAUUCCGUUACAAAAUAAUCUCAACAAGCAGCCUUCCGUUUCUGGCGGGCUCGUUGCCGUGGUAACCAGCACGCACCACCACGGCGGCGGUUAUGGCCGGCCUCAGCGGCGCGCACAUCCCCGAUGGGGAGUUCACCGCGAUCGUGUACCGCCUCAUCCGCGACUCCCGCUACGCCGAGGCGGUGCAGCUGCUGGGCGGCGAGCUCCAGCGGAGCCCGAGGAGCCGCGCCGGCCUGUCGCUGCUGGGCUACUGCUACUACCGCCUGCAGGAGUUCGCGCUGGCCGCCGAGUGCUAUGAGCAGCUGGGCCAGCUGCACCCCGAACUGGAGCAGUACCGCCUGUACCAGGCCCAGGCCCUGUACAAGGCCUGCCUCUACCCAGAGGCCACGCGGGUGGCCUUCCUCCUGCUGGACAACCCCGCCUACCACGGCCGGGUCCUCCGCCUGCAGGCCGCCAUCAAGUACAGCGAGGGCGACCUGCCCGGGGCCAAGAGCCUGGUGGAGCAGCUGCUGAGUGGGGAAGGGGGCGACGACAGUGGGGGCGAGAACGAACUGGACGGCCAGGUCAACCUGGGUUGUUUGCUCUACAAGGAGGGACAGUAUGAAGCCGCGUGUGCCAAGUUCCUCGCGGCCCUCCAGGCUUCGGGCUACCGGCCUGACCUCUCCUACAACCUGGCUUUGGCCUAUUACAGCAGCCGGCACUACGCCUCGGCUCUGAAGCAUAUCGCCGACAUUAUUGAACACGGUAUCCGCCAGCACCCAGAGUUAGGCGUGGGCAUGACCACGGAGGGCAUCGACGUGCGAAGUGUUGGCAACACCUUAGUCCUUCACCAGACUGCCCUGGUGGAAGCCUUCAACCUCAAGGCCGCCAUCGAGUACCAACUGCGAAACUACGAGGUGGCCCAGGAAACCCUCACGGACAUGCCACCUAGGGCAGAAGAAGAGUUAGACCCCGUGACCCUGCACAACCAGGCGCUCAUGAACAUGGAUGCCAGGCCUACCGAGGGGUUUGAAAAGCUGCAGUUUUUGCUCCAGCAGAACCCCUUUCCCCCAGAGACCUUUGGCAACCUGCUGCUGCUCUACUGUAAGUACGAGUAUUUUGACCUGGCAGCGGAUGUCCUGGCAGAGAAUGCCCAUUUGACGUACAGGCUGCUCACACCCUAUCUCUAUGACUUCCUGGACGCUAUGAUCACUUGCCAGACAGCCCCAGAAGAGGCUUUCAUUAAGCUGGACGGGCUGGCAGGGAUGCUGACUGAACAGCUCCGGAGACUCACCAAACAAGUACAGGAAGCAAGACACAAUAGAGAUGAUGAAGCUGUCAAAAAGGCAGUGAAUGAGUACGAUGACACUCUGGAGAAGUACAUUCCCGUGUUGAUGGCCCAGGCAAAGAUCUACUGGAACCUUGAGAAUUAUGCAAUGGUGGAAAAGAUCUUCCGCAAGUCUGUGGAAUUCUGUAAUGACCAUGAUGUGUGGAAGCUGAACGUGGCUCAUGUCCUGUUCAUGCAGGAAAACAAAUACAAAGAAGCUAUCGGUUUCUACGAACCCAUCGUCAAGAAGCACUAUGACAACAUCCUGAAUGUCAGUGCUAUUGUGCUGGCUAACCUGUGUGUUUCAUACAUUAUGACAAGUCAGAAUGAAGAAGCCGAGGAGUUGAUGAGGAAGAUCGAGAAGGAGGAAGAGCAGCUGUCCUAUGAUGACCCAGAAAAGAAAAUCUACCACCUCUGCAUUGUGAAUUUGGUGAUAGGGACGCUCUACUGUGCCAAAGGAAAUUACGACUUUGGUAUUUCUCGGGUUAUCAAAAGCCUGGAACCUUAUCAUAAGAAACUGGGAACUGAUACCUGGUAUUAUGCUAAAAGGUGCUUCCUCUCCUUAUUAGAAAACAUGUCAAAACACAUGAUUGUGCUUCGUGACAGUGUUAUUCAAGAAUGUGUCCAGUUUCUAGAACACUGUGAACUUUAUGGCAGGAACAUACCUGCCGUUAUUGAACAACCCCUGGAAGAAGAAAGAAUGCAUAGUGGAAAGAAUACAGUCACAUAUGAAUCCAGACAGUUAAAAGCUUUGAUUUAUGAGAUUAUAGGAUGGAAUAUGUAGUAAUGUCUGAUAAUGGCAUUUAUCAUAAAAUGGCCCUGUUAUCUAUAUUUGGUCCUCUAUUUUGUUUGUAUACAUAC